UGCGUCCACUACGCUGGAUCGGCGCGAGGGACCGCUGGGACGGCGCCCAUUGGGUUCAGCUUGCGGCUGACUCUCGGAGGGCGGCGUGGGGGAGUCUUCCUGCGAGGGAACGCCGCGGUAGUACAGACAUUGCCAGAUGAGGACGACGUCAGCUAGGACGUAAUAUACGGCCAGGAUGAGCAUCGUAGGCAGAACGCCUUGUAGGAUGCCGCCGAAGACAUUGAAGAGGUCACCUAGACUCCAUAUGACUAUGAAUUCCAGGGAUAGAGACUCGGCGCUUGCACGGCGGAAGUUCUCGAGGAUCUGGGGUGUGAAAACACUGGCAUGUGUUAGUGACUGCGAGGGUGACGGAGGAUGAUACGGCUUACGUGACCCAACAUGCAAUAGAUAUCGACCCCAGGAUACCACUGAUAGCCUCUGCGUCUAGAUUGAGGCUUUGAGACGGUGGGACCAUGGUGUUGUCGUUCGAUGAUGAGUCACGUGGGCAUUUCCGAGUCUCGCGUGCGGUCUGUCGUGGCACCUAUGCUGGGGUAAUGUAGGGACUGCGUAUUCCCUCCGCAUAGAAAUAACCAGAAUGAAGCUGGACAAGAGAAAUCUGGUGUUUCCCCAGCUAUUGGAGUUGAUAGGAUGGAAUGAAGGGCAAAGAAAGGCUUAAAUAUGUGGCGGUAACCGACACUGUCUCGCUCGUCCCAGUGAGGAUGGUUCCACAAGUAAGGUCACAUGCUGAUAGUGGAUCUUAUCGCCCCGAAAGCGCUUGUCAAUCCCUCCAGGGUUCGAAGAGCUAUCAGAUUUGUUUCCUUUGUCGUAUCUUAGAAGGUAUUCGAGUAUUUCUUUAUUUUAAAAAUGUAUCGAGGUUGAUUGCUUUGCUAUAUUGCACUUCCCCCCUCAAGAUCCCAAACCUUGCUAUCAUUCCAUGCUGCACUGCCAGCACGUCUUUGAUUACAAAUCGCGCCGAGGGUCAACUUAAGAAAUAGAACGCGGGGCUGCCUUACCCCACACUUUCGCCAACACUUGGCCCGACGCAACUCUAUCUAUUCUCCUUAUCGGCAAACCUUCUUCUAUCCUUGCCCAGUUCAGAUUCAUAUAUAUCUCCAUCCCCAGUAUCUCCUUCAAACCCACCCCUCGACCUCAUCGCCUCCCCCCAAUCCCUCAAUGCCGGCCCAACCCGACCUACCCCUCGCCGCCCCCGAACUCCUCGACUCAAUGCUAACCCGCAAAUUCGGGCCCGAGGUCCAAAACUACUUCUCCGGCUCCCCCCUCAACCGCCUCUCCUUCCUCCGCACCGACCACGCCUUCCUGGCCGCCGCCCUCACGCACCACAGCACCGCCUUUGUGGCCGUCGACGACCUCGCCCCGGCUGCCCGCGAUGCCGCGAACCUCGCGUAUGUGAGCCAUGCUGAUCUCAGUGCGGUGAUUGGGGAGAACCCGUUUGCGAAGACGGAGGCGGAGAUGAUUGAGGCGUAUAAUAGUAAGGUGGCUUCGCCGUUGAUCUUGUUCUUGGGUAUCAAUGAUAAGAGACAUGAGGGGUUUGAGUAUAAGGCAUAUAAGGGAGUUCCUUACUUCGCGGUGGAUAUCACACCGAAGGGCUCGCAUGAGGAGGCCGCAAAGGGGGUCAUUGAAACCCUAAAGGCGAAGAAUUUGAUCUUCCUCCAAGGCCGAAGCGCCAUGACACUCAACGCUUCAGAUGCCGCCAUCUUCGCCCAAGCCCGCGCCCUUCUCGACUGGAACGCCCGCAACCCCUUCUGCUCCGGCUGCGGCCAGCCCACCCUUUCCGUCCACGCAGGCACCAAGCGCGUCUGUCCCACCGCCGACCUCGCCCCUGGCGCCUCCGCCCGCGGCCCCUGCGCCACCCGCGGCGUAGUCUCUAACCUCUCCUUUCCCCGCACCGACCCCACAGUCAUCAUGGCAGUGAUCUCCCACGACGGCACGAAAGUGCUCUUAGGCCGCCAAAAACGCUGGCCUACCGACUGGUAUAGUACUCUUGCCGGCUUCUGCGAGCCAGCGGAGAGCGUGGAGGAGGCGGUACGGAGGGAGGUGUGGGAAGAGAGCGGGGUGAGGGUUGGGAGAGUGGUGGUGCAUAGUUCACAGCCGUGGCCGUAUCCGGCGAACUUGAUGAUUGGCGCGAUUGGGCAGGCGGUGAAGGGGGGGGAGGAGAUUAAUCUCGAGCAUGAUCCUGAGUUGGAGCAGGCGAAGUGGUUCGAUUUCGAGACGGUGAGGGUGGCGCUGAAGACGGGGACAAGUGGGUUGGAUGAGGCGCCGGGAGAGGGGAGGAAGGAGGGCGAUUUGAGGUUGCCGGGGCAUACGGCGAUUGCGAAUCAGUUGUUGCAGGCUGUUGUUUUGGGGGGGUUCUUGGGGGGGGAGACGAAGAUUUAGAGGGCGGAGAGAUAGAUGUGGAUUGGUAAAAUACCAAUAGUUGGUUAUAGAUUGGCUAUUGGAUAGAAGGAUAUCGGAGUUAGAUCUAGAUUGUAUUCAUGAUUUUGCACCGCCUUAAUUUGCACCGAUUUAAUAGUAAUAUUCUAACUAUCAGCAAGCCAAAUACUUUUGGUUUUACAACAGAUGCUAAGGGG